CUAUUUUAUUAGGUGUCACUGAAGAAUGGAAUUGUGACUUGCUUUUUGAACAUAAUUAUCUAAGUGAUGUACAGUACUUAAAGAUUCUUAAAGAAUACAAAAAAGAAUGUUACUCAUAUAGCGUUAGUACAAAUUUUGAUUUA